AUGGGUGAUCCAAAAGGUUACAGUGUUUUGUGGGGAAAAUUUGGUCGAAUUUUUUGGCCAGCUCUGGUAUUGCCAUCGACUUUGGUUCAUUCUAAAGCCAACGACGAUAAUAUUUGGGUUUUCUGGUUUGGAGAUCAUACUUUUUCACAGGUUAAAAAAGCAAAUAUUGUUAAUUUUGAAGAAUAUUUUAAAGACAAGACAAUAACUUUCUUCCGUCAAAAUACGAAACAGUCGGACUGGCUAAAAGCAAUAUACGAGGCAAUCAAAAUAUAUUCAAAACAGCGUAACUUGCUGGUAGAUAAUUGGAAAAGCGAAAGACUUUUAAAAUGGGCUUUAAAUGGUUUCCCGAGAUUGGGAGAGAUGUCGGAAAAUUUUACAUUGCCCGAAUGGAUCGUGCAGAAAUUGGACGAACUUAACAAGACUUUCGAGGUUGAAACCGAAUCUGAGAGCGACGACGAUUACGAUGCAUUAUUUCCUAUACGAAUAACUAAUCAACGCGAAUUUGAAAUCAUGUGCAUCGGCUGCUAUUCAUUCAAAAUCUUGCACGAACAUCCCAUAUUCUUCGGAAAUAUUUGCAAGAUCUGUCAGACUAAACUAAUCAAAACAUUAUUUAUGUUUGGAGAUGAUGAUGCUCAGUACUGCUGCUCAAUUUGUGGUGAUUUUGGAAACUUGAUUUUAUGCAGUUCCUCUAAAUGCGGAAGAGGUUUCUGCGCAAAAUGCAUCGAUAUUUUAAAAGACGAUAGGAAAUCGAUUUUAGAACAGGACAAUUGGCUGUGUUACAUUUGCUCUUCGAGUCCUAGAAAUUCGAAAUGUUUUAUACAGCUUCGCGAGGAUUGGAUGGAACGUGUGCACACGUUGUUCAACGAAAAACUAAUUUUUAAAAUUCCCUCCUUUCCAAAGAAGAAGUUGCGAGUUUUAUCCGUUUUCGAUGGAAUAGGAACGGGUCUUGUUGCUUUAAAUAAGCUUAACAUCGAUGUUGAAAUUUACUAUGCAAUUGAAAUAGACGAAAACGCUAUAGAAAUUGUGCAUUCGCAUUUCAAGAAUGUCGAACAUCUCGGCGACAUAAAGGGAAUAAAUGAGAAUACGCUAUUGGAAAUAUGUCCCAUAGAUUUAAUUCUCGCCGGGUCACCUUGCAACGAUUUGAGUAGAGCAAAUCCAUUGAGAAAAGGAUUGUACGAACCUUCUGGUACUGGUAUACUAUUCUUUUAUUUCUUUAAAAUCCUGACUACUAUGGCUAAAAUUAAUGGACCGUUCUUUUGGUUAUUCGAAAACGUUUCUUCCAUGAACAUUAAAAACAAAAAUAUAAUAUCAAGGUUUUUGAUGUGCGAACCCACUAUGGUCAGUGCAGCGUGGGUUUCACCGCAAAGAAGAGAACGUUUCUUUUGGGGGAAUUUGCCAACGUUGCAAUGCAAUUUUGAAAAUAAGGGCCCAACGUUGGAAGAAUAUCUGGGUUCUAAUAGGAAAGCGCUUUGCGAAAAAGUCAAUACAAUUACGACAAAACGAAAUUCGUUGUAUCAAGGAAAUGAGAAUAAGUAUCCUGUAUUUGAUGAAACUACAAUGGAAAAUGAUGUGCUGACAAUUAACGAAAUCGAAUCCGUAUUUGGUUUUGACAUUGAUUACACGAACGUUUCCAAUAUCGGAGUGAGUUCAAGGCAGGAGUUAUUGGGGAAAGCCUGGAGCGUUCAAGUCUCGUGUUUACUAUUGAGAUGUUUGAAACAGUUUUAUAGGUCUACAAAUUAAAACAUAAGAAAACAAAAACUAGAAUUA